GGGUUAGGGUGCACUAGGAAACCAGUCCCUGUUGGGCAGGCUUUCUUCCAGUGCUUCCUCCCCGGUGUGCUUUCAAACUUUCCAGGAUGGGCUCCCCGCGGUGGAAGAGGAUCUGCCUUUUGUUCCUGGUAGGGUUAACGUUCUCUAUCAUUUUCUAUGGGCACUACUACAGCCGGAAUUCUCCAGGCAGUCCCAGGACUGCAUUCAGACUGCUACAGCAAGAGACACUGGGGCUUGCACAAGCAGAAAUACCCCAAAAUGCCAGGAGCCAUGGUCUGACCAGAGAAAGCAUCAUGAAGAGCUUGUGCCCCCGGUCAUUAAAAUCCAAAGUGAAGAUCGACCCCAUGUUUGGGAAGCAAUUUGACUUUGACAUCCCUGUGCUGAUGUGGAAGCUGCUCUUCAACCCUGAGACGUGGGACAGACUGAAGGAACGCAACGUCCCCUACGGCUGGCGUGGCUUGUCACAUGCAGUGAUCACAUCCACAGUACAGCUCCUCAAUGACUCUGACUACAGUAGACUCUUCAGCAAGAUUGGUUUCCCUGACAGCUGCAUCCGUUGUGCUGUGGUUGGGAAUGGGGGAAUUCUGAAUGGAUCCCGCCAAGGCAAGGAGAUAGAUGCACAUGACUUUGUCUUCAGACUUAAUGGGGCAGUGAUCAAAGGCUUUGAGGAAGAUGUUGGGACUAAGACCUCCUUCUAUGGUUUCACAGUAAACACCAUGAAGAAUUCUCUCAUUGCUUAUGCAGAAUAUGGCUUCACUCAGGUACCACAGGCCAAGGAGACGCAGUACAUUUUCAUCCCCUCAGAUAUACGCGAUUACGUCAUGCUCAAAUCUGCCAUGCUGGGCAUCCCUGUUCCAGAGGGCUAUGACAAGGGCGAUAAGCCACAAAAAUACUUUGGGCCUGCAGCAUCUGCAGGAAAGUUCAAGUUGCUACACCCAGAAUUCGUCUAUUAUCUAACAGAAAGGUUUCUAAAAUCAGAAUUAAUAAACACUCAGUUUGGACACCUCUACAUGCCCAGCACUGGAGCACUCAUGCUUUUAACAGCGUUGCAUACCUGUGAUCAGGUCAGUGCCUACGGAUUCAUAACCCAGAAUUACAAGACUUUUUCAGAUCAUUACUACGAGCAUGAGAAGAAGCCCUUGGUGUUCUAUGCCAACCAUGACAUGUUGUUAGAGGCUGAGCUAUGGAAGAGCCUGCACCAGGUUGGGAUCAUGAAGUUGUAUCAGCGGUGAAGACAGUGAAUUGUGUGGACCACAAAAGGGAGGGGACAGCAACCCUUGAGUCCCCCUGUCCGAACACUUUCCUGUUCCACAGGAGUCCUUCCUUUGCCUUUAUGUCGGUCAAUGAUGGCACACCGCUCAGGGACAGGUUCCAAACAUAUACAGAGGGAAGUACUGCAGCAGCCAUUCAUUCACCUGUGGAAAUCACUCCCAAAGCUUUUGGUAAAGAGGAAUAACGUUAUACAAAUCCACACUAGAAGAAAGGCCCGUCUAUGGCAGUGGUCCAGGCCGGUCAGGAGAAACAACAGCACAGCCGCAAUACAGCCAAAUCACUGACUGCAGGAAGC